AUGCAAACACAUCACAAAUUCCACGUACGAACCAGGGACUGCAAGGUCAUUAAGGACCAACAAACGUUAAAAUCCAAAGGAUAUGGCUUUGUUUCAUUUGAUGCCGAGAACGCCAUUGGCUGCAUGAAUGGCCAAUGGCUGGGCAGUAGAACAAUAAGGACCAAUUGGGCUUCAAGAAAGCCUUCUAACUCCUCCCACAAAGAGGGUGCCAACAACAAACCACUAACAUUCCAAGAGGUGUUCAGCCAGUCGAGCCCAACCAACUGCACGGUGUACUGUGGUGGAAUUCUUACGGGACUGACGGAGGAAUUAGUUCAGAAGACUUUUGGCAGUUACGGAAUCAUUCACGAGAUGAGAAUCUUUAAAGAGAAAGGAUAUGUUUUUGUCAGAUUUGACAGUAAGGAGUCAGCCAGCCACGCCAUCGUUGGAGUUCACGGGUCAGAGGUCAACGGACAUCUGGUCAAAUGUUACUGGGGCAAGGAACCCAACGCUAACAACAAUUAU